AUGUUCGCUCGCAGUGGAAGAUAUCUGCUCGGCCCGAUAAGUCUCGUCAUCGCCUUAAUUACUCUAGCAUUCAAUGUCCAGUCUGUGAUAGCAACAGUUCCUUCUUCUAAGCGCUUUGACUUGACCAAGCCAUCAUACGACCUGUUCCGCAGCAAACCAUUGCACGACGCAACUGUGCAGCAAGGAUUCGCAUUCGACAACACCAAUCGCCGACUUUUCGUCGCCCAGCGAAAGGACGGCGCGUCCGAAACUUCGGGCGACCUAUGCAUAACUCAACUUGAUUUCGAAGGCAACUACGUCGGAUAUAUGUAUCUACAAGGCUUCGGUCACGGCGUUGCGUUUGGAGCUCAAGGUGUAGGUUCAGCGUCUUACCUGUGGACGGAAGUGGAGGCCAACUCGAAUGGCUAUGGCAAGAAACUUGCCAGAUUCAAGUUCGCUAGUGGCACAACACUCUCUUCAUCUUCCACGGCGCUCACAAAGUUCACACCUAUCCCCAGUGCAACGGAGCAUACCUGCUCUAUUGAUCCAGUCAAGAACCAGUUGGUCGUCCGCCAUCAACUCAGUGACGGGAAACAUAUCGCCGUGUUCGACUUGGCCAAGGCUACCAAUGGGGACUUCUCCAAUCCACUUGCUAGCUUCAAGCAUCCUUCACUGAAAACAAAGUCAGCGACGUUCCAGGGCUAUGCAGCAUAUGAUCAGUACAUCUAUCUCUUGACUGGAAACUCCUACGAUGCCUCUGGGGGUGCCGUCAAUUCCGAAGUGACCACCGUUGACAUGAAUACCGGAUCUGUUAUCCAGGGCCCUACGCUCACGAAGGCCGGCUCGACGCUUACAUUUCGCGAACCAGAAGGAUUGGCCAUCUAUGAAACAGUCGCAGGAGAAAUUCGACUUUUCUUGGGAUUUGCCUCGGGAAAAGGUGGUGAUCGGCGGUCGAAUCUGUUUUAUAAGAAUGCCUUGGUUUGA